UUGGCGGGGCGCGGCGCGUGCUCGCGGCGGCGGCGCGGGGGUCGGCCCGGCCCGGCGCAGCCCCACGUGCCGCCGCGCUGGAGGCCAUGGUGCUGGACCCGGGGGCGGCGGCGGGCGGCGGGCUGGGACCCAGCGCCGCCCCGCGCCUCCCCGACCGCCAUGGGCCGCCGCUCUGCUCCUGCCCGUCCCCCCCGCCACCGGGACCGGGACCGGGACCCGCGCCCCGUUGCCCGCGGGGAAGGCGGCGUUUGUCGGAAACCGGCGCCGGGAUGCGGCGGAGCGAAAGCGCGGGGGGGCGUGGGGGGAUGCGCGCCGCGGCCUCCCUGCCCCACAUCGCGCGGGGGCGUGGGGGGGAGGAGGGCGGCGGGCGGCGGAGCCCCUGCCUGCUCGUGGCGCUGCGGCCCCGGAACAUGGAGGCGGAACGGGAGCGGUUCUUCCGCGCCAGCUUCGCCUACGACCCCCAGUUCGAGUACGCGGAGCCGGUGCCCGCCGCCGUGCUGGAUAAAUACGGAGCCGCCUCCGAUCGCUUCGUCGCUCAGGCGAUCAGGAUCAUUCGUGCCGUCCUGGAAAAAUACGGGACCUAUGAGAGCUUCGAAGUCGCCACGGGCGGGAGGCUGCUGAGCAAGUGCCAGAUCUGGUCCGCCAUCCGAAAGUACAUGCAGAAGGAAGGCUGCGUGGGAGAGGUGGUGGUGCAGCUCACCGAUGACCUCCUGUCCCAGGCGGUGAUGAUGGUGGAGGACAGCCGGCCGACGCUGGCCAUCAACCUGGCCGGAGCGCGGCAGCACUGGCUGGAGGGGAUGCUGCGCCACGAGAUAGGCACCCACUACAUCCGGGGGGUGAACAACACCCGCCAGCCCUGGCACAGCUCCGAGGGCCGCAAGCAGUACAGCCUGAAGCCCGCCAACCCCACGGAGGAAGGCUUGGCCAGCCUGCACAGCGUCCUCUUCCGCAAGCAGCCCUUCCUGUGGCGGGCAGCCCUGCUCUACUACACCAUCGAACGGGCCAGCCGCCUCUCCUUCUCCGCCCUCUUCCAGGACCUGGAGCAGUACGUCCAGGACGCCGGCGUCCGGUGGGAGUACUGCGUGCGGGCGAAGCGGGGCCAGACCGACACCUCGCAGCCAGGCUGUUUCAGUAAGGACCAGGUCUACCUGGACGGGAUUCUCCGCAUCCUGCGCCAUCGGCAGACCAUCGACUUCCCGCUGCUGGCUGCGCUUGGAAAGGUCUCCUAUGAGGAUGUGAAUCGGCUGAAGAAAUUUGGGGUCCUGGAGAAAGCCCGCAUCCCCCAUUUCAUGCAGGACCUGGAGCGGUACAUGAAGCAGCUGGACCACAUCGUCACCACCAACGGGCUGAACGAGGAGGAGCUGGAGCAGCUGCUGCCUGACUGAGGGGCAUCCCCCCACCCCUCCCCAAAACCGCCACCCCAAGGGUGUAGCUGGUGCCAUUUGUUGGGUAUUUAUUGGGGCUGGAGCCCGGAGGAGCAGGAAGAGCCCGGGCCUCCUCCCCUGCGCCCGGGCAGCCGCUGUGCAUGUACCGCUGUGUAGGGUAGCGCGGCCGAGAGGGCCGGUGUGGUUAGUGUUGGUGUGUGUGUGUGUCCCCCACCGUCCCCCGUGUGUUUUGGGGAUGGCUGCGCGGCUCUGUGAGGCUUUGGGGAGUUGGAGAUGAGGGUUCAGAGGGAGCGAGGGCAGAGCUGGGGACACCCCCCCCCCCCUCCGAGGUGCAGGAGGCUGUGCAGGGGGGGUGGUUGCAAUGGGGGGGAUGCCCUUCGGGUACUGGGGGGGGCUGGGAGCUCUGGGCACCGCCUGGCAGGGACUAAGGACUGUCCCCCACCCAUCAGCAGCAGGAAGGACUUUAAUCCCCCCCCCCCCCAAAUACCACUCUCUGCUCUCCCCAUCGCUCUUUGCCCACAAUUAACCAUCGCUCUGCACCCCAACUACAGCCACUCUGCCCGGCCCUGAGGCACAGGAGGACUCAGGGUAGGGACUCAGGCUUGAUGUUAGGAAAAAGCGUGUAAUAAAAAUGAUGUAAUGGAAACAAUGUCUGGGCAAAAGGUUGUGCGUAGCAUCAAAAGCCAGGCUGGCACCGCUGUGAGCACCGACUGUGCAUCUCGCUUGCGCGCAGGCAAAGCUGCACGGCUCCUGGCUGGUGCGUCAGGAGCAGGAAGGGGUCACCGGAGCGUGUAAAACAACGUACUGCGCAGGGACAGCGUUAAUAAAUCAAAGUAGGCAAAAGCGGGUGCUGCCCCAAGCUGUUCCUGGUCUCUAACACACGGUGUCGGCAGCAGUCCCGGCUCCCCGGCUGUGCCACCCCUGGGAGAGUUGAUUUAAAAGAAAGAAGAAGAAUUAAAAAAACAACACAGAUUUAGUUUUGGCUUUUAGCUGUAGCCUUCCAUCCCACUGAGCUCCUGCAAGGGUAGCACAGGCCAAGUUGUGGCUCAAACCCAAAAGCUCCAAGUCUGGCUGCAAGCCCUGUUCCCAGCACCUCCAGCUGCCCCCGCAGCCCCGAUCUCACAGGGCAGCUGCAGCCCCUCUGCAGGCUGCGGAUGCUGCGGCAGGAAGGGACGAG